ACCAGUAGAGGGAGCAUGUAACCAGCUAAGCAGGAAGCCGGGCUGUAGAGAGGAGUGGGAGGAGCUUAAGCUGUGCAUGGAUCCCAUGCACGGGAGGAUGAGAGAGCAACCCAAACUAGCCGGGCCCACGAGCUAUGAGCGAAUAGUGCUGAAGAACCCGUCCGAGCACCAUUACAUGAAGGUUCAGCUUGAAUUUAAUGGAGAAGGGGCCCAGCUCAGUGCCACACAAUUCAAGCUACUGGUAGUCUCUGCCCUGAAGAACCUGCACGGAGAGGUGGGAUCGUCUCUUCCUUUGGAUCUGUUGAGUUUUGAUGAAAAGACACUGUGUGCAGUACUGAGGGUCUGUAGCAGGGGCCUAGUGAAGUUGUGGAGCUCAUUAACACUGCUGGGGCAUUAUAAGAACCAUGAAUGCUCCAUUCGAGUGAUACAGACCUCUCCAUUCCUACUGGCGCUGGCUGGUAACAGCAGGGAACUGGAUCUGGAAUAACGCCCUCCCCUGGGCCUCAUUAUAAAGGAAGAUGCCUCUGAUUCCAGUGGUUUGGAAAGCUGCUAUUUAUGUGCCCACUAGGUCACCGCACAUCACCCGAUGGUUUCAUGUAACGUCUCAGCGGCAAUAUAGUGUAAAGGUGGGAGACUAUGCUGUACUUUCCCGAACCUUCACCCAAAAUGAUAUUCGAGUAUUCUCUGAACUCACUGGGGACACAAACCCCCUACACUCGGAUGAAGCUUUCGCUAAGGGCACGCGAUUCGGAAAGACUGUUGUGCAUGGAGUCCUAAUCAACGGCUUGGUAUCUGCCGUCCUGGGAACUAAACUGCCAGGGCCAGGCUGUGUCCUCCUCUCCCAGGAUAUCCGCUUCCCUGCACCCUUACAUAUUGGGGAGGAGGUGACUGCGACAGCACAGGUAAUGGCCCUAAAGAGAUCACUGGCCAUUGUGGCUGUGUCCUGCCUGGCAAGGGAGAGUGGCCGGACUGUCAUGGAGGGGACAGUGAAAGUGCUAGUAUCUGAAAAGAAAUCCUGUUAAAUCCCAUUCUGUGAAAUAUUCAUUGAAAGUUAUAAAUGCUGUAUGUGUGCUUUAUAAACAGCCUGUGUAUAUAUGUUAGGGUCACUAUCCCUAAAUAAAACUCCCUUUAUUCA